AGCGGUUCAAAGUUUGUUGUCAGCUGGGGCACGGGAGAUCAGAAACUCCCGACUGCUGUGCUUCAGACGUUGAUACACUUCAAAUGCGACUCCGUCUGUAGUAUUGCUGUUCUGUGCCGUAGUUGCAGUGGUGCUGUGUUGAUGACAUAGUGGCACACACACAUCACGAUGGUGUCCUUACUGUGCGAGCUGCAAUUCUGGACGAUGAAAGAUGAUGUUGAAGUCAAAGGUAGUGAUUUGGGCUGCUUCAAGCUCUACGACAAAGGUGAUGUCGAUCCAGAAGAGCUGUACAUAGAUGCAAAGGAGGCAUAUGCCAAAGCCAAGGGUAUCAUGUGGACUCCAUCCAACAAGCGACCAGAGAAACUGCGAGAGUGCAUCUGGGAGUUCGAGGAUAUCAUGAAUGCCCAAAAGUGCAUCAGCGCAAGAUGGAUUACAUCUGGACUGUUGCAGUUUUUCUUUCAAAGUGGUGUCUGCAUCUUUGUGCAAGUUGACCCCGACUCGUGCAAGCUGCGAAGGGUCAGCGUUGAUCGAUAUCUCAUUGGCCGACUUGCUUCGGAACACGUGACAGAUGCCAUUCUGGAAAACCACAGCCUGCUGAUCUCAUACUACGAGCCCAAGAUGACGUAUGCCUGUUUUGGGAAGCCAUUGAUUGGAACAGACGGCGUGCGCAAGCUGUCUUCUGUCGAUGCCAAGCUUGUCACGUUUGAUAUCCUGGGAUUGGCGGGGCGGCGACUCGAACGGAAGCUGAGCCUCAAUUCAUUGAAAGACUGGGUGUUAAACUGGUGGUCGGUGGGCGAUGGAGAAGUGUGGCCCUGGAUGCCAUCGACGUCCAAUCGUGAAAGGUCAAACAUGGUUGUCUAUGCUCUGAAUGGGCCCAACAUUGAGUUACUGACUUACGGAAGAAUCGACAAGGUCCCAGUUUUGGUGUCAUUCAGUCAGUAUCAGUCGAACAAACUCCUGAUUGUUGAAGAGGACGCUUCCCGUGGAGGCAGUGUUGCCGUCGAUGUCUGCGUCUACGAGCUUGGCAGAGGAAAGUUUGAGAGAGUUUCUAUGAUAUCCAUCUCUUUACAAGGCCGUGUAGUCACUUCCCAGUGGAACAACGCAGAAGACAAGCUUGUGCUGCUUUGUGACGAUGCGUCCUUGGUCCUCUACGAUGCCGUACGCCAGACUACGCACUUCACGACGACUUCUUUUGUUGGAACAAAAGUCACCUGGCACCCGAGUGGCUCUGUUGUGUUCUUCGCCUCUGAAGAAGGUCAGCUUCAGUGCUUCGACACAGCUCUGUCCACAAUACAGCUGAGGCUUAACGACGAGUCCUCGAGUGCUGCACCAACUUUGAACAUAGGCUCCUACCUAAGCAACAGUGGUUCCUUGCAUCGGCUGAUGUGGCAGUCCAAUGGUGACGCUGUUUUGCGCUGCCCUACUGCUGCAGUUUUCAGCUGCGCUGCCUUGCUGUUUGAUGGUGGUCCACUGGCCAUUCUCAAGUUGCCACUUGGCUUGCUCACCAGAGGGCAGCUGGGACCGCUCGAGCUUGUGUCGCAGUACUUGAAGCACCUGCAGAUAGAUGAGGCCGUUCACCUUCUGUUGAGCCUGGACUGGGGUCGUGUUCCAGAGCUGUCUUACAUGUGUCUCAGCAAGAUAGUCAACUACCUGCUUCGACAGCCCCUGGAUUCCAAACGUGAAGUUCAACUGGAAACAGCACUGGGAAGCUUCUACGGUCCCGCUCAGCCAAUACCAGAUUCGGUGGUUGCUGAAUACGGCGCUCGCAUCAGCCACCUGGCGAGGCGGUUUUUUCAUCACCUCCUGAGGUUCGACAGGCUGGAAAAGGCCUUUCUUCUGGCCGUUGACUUGGGAUACUGGGAUCUCUUCAUGGACUUGCACAACAUUGCAAAGAAGAAGGGAGAAACUGGCCUGAUGGAGGUUGCCCUGCGACGUGCCAAUGCCUUGAAGCCAAGCCGGGGGCUGUCCGACUGCGAUUCGAAUGACUGCGAUUCGUCAAGCGAGCUCACCGACGACUGUUGCUCAAGCGAUGAUGGGACCCGCUGCAGUCCGGCUAUGGCUGUGGCUGUGGCAUCCUGCUCUGGGGCCACUGGUGUUUCGGAAUCUAGUCGCCUAAGAUUGCCUCCGCAAGGCCAGUCGGCAAACCUGCGACCAUCCGUGCCGACUGCUUUCACAGUCGGUGGUGCCAGUACCAGCGGUUACCACUGGCCACCACCACGAGCGGUGCCGGUCAUGCCAGCGGCAGAGGAAGACCUCAUUGACCUGAGCGACGACUACGAGUGCACAUCAGAAGGUGUGCGGGUCGCCGUGCCCAUCAUUGACCCGCUGGUUCCACAGACGUUGGCUUCCGCAACGAUGCAGCAGUCUGUGAUAAGACCGAUUCCGAGGAUCCAGCCAACUGACCCAAGAAGAGCUCCAGCAGACCUGAGCUCCAUCGCAUCCGAAUCCUACAACCAUCAUCGGGCUGUGCCACAUUCACCGUCUGGAGCUCCAGCCGCUGCUGCAAACCUGGAUUCGCUUGACGGUGACGUAUCCGGUGAGGAACUGUUGCAGGGGCAGGCCAUUCAGUGCAUUCACUUCGGAGUUGUCUAGAAGUGGACGGAGUGCGAGGACAACGGCCACACUUCAUGACCAAAAACAAGAACGCAGAAGCUGGUUUUCUGUGGAAAUACGUGUAUUUAUUCUCAAAUAUGUGACGUGUUGAAGUUGUGUUUAUGUACGGGGUCAAGUCGGCUUGGUUCAUACGAGAAGCAGCUGUGUUGAUUUGGCCAAGCUCCGGCUUUUGCCCAAAGGGAAGUUGCUGGUCUAAUGCUUCCGACAAAGACAUUGCAAAGCUUAAACACUUCUUUUCCAGCUACAGAUGCACCAAUUAUGAUAAAAUUCUUGCAUUUCAAAAAUGCACGAAAAUUAUUGUGGCUGAUGGUUUCUUUCUUUUUCUUUUUUCCUUUGCCAUACUCAAAAUCAUAAUUUCAUGGUUCAUUACAUUUUUGUGCAAAAGGAAUUUGCAUGGAAAAUAAGUGAUUGUUAUCAGUAUUAUGCAUUCUGAAAUGUGCCCAGCAGACGACGUUACAGGAGAUUUCACACAUUUUAAGCUUUGAAAUUUGAAUGGCAUAGAAAUUUCUGCUGCUUCUGUUUUUUACAUGCAUCACUGUCUCAAAGAUUUGCCCCAAAAUUUUUCAGAGAUAGCUUUUUUUGUAUGUUUCAAAAGGGAGGGAGGCAGGAGAUUGCAUCCAUACCCAAUUUGUUGUGAAGCAAGUGUGCCACUUUUUUAAGGCACCAUUCAUUGAUAUAGUUGGUGUCACCCUUAUAACACUAAUAAGCAUUGCAGAAAUGUUAGUAUGACAUGCAGCUGCUCAACAAGGGAAUAUAUAAAGUGGCCGCAGGCUCUUGCUCUGCCUUGCUGUGUCUGCAAACUGUGCUAAAAAUGCCCUGGAAGUUGCGAAGUGGCCACCCUCUUGGGAUUACUAUUCUACCACAUUAACUUUUCAAAUUGAUUCGUUAGUAUAAGAGGUAGGAGAAAUCUAAAUAUUGCAUGGCCAUGCUGCCAGGUGGAUUCACUGCUAACCUAGACACAUUCUCCCUUUGGCUCCACUAGCCUCCACAAGCAACAGAGAGAAAUUAUUUCAUCUGUACUAGUAAAGUACACUUCUACAAUCCCCAAAACACCACUCUUAUCGCGAGAAGACACUUGGCAAGCCAAAAAGGACACAAAAAUGAAGACAGGUGGCAGCACCUGCCUUAAAGUUCCCGCACCUGCACGUCGUAGAUUUUGAUGGCAUCUGCUAGGGCCUAGUUAAUUCUUUGUUGAUAUAAAUGGCUUGCGUUGGGUUUUAAAGGAGCCAAGGGCUGAACAUGACAAGUUUCGAGAACUUGUACAGUGCACCAAGCGAAAAAGACCCAAAAUUAAAGAAAAUUGAACUUUGACCUUCAUUUUCUCUUCCAAUUCAAAUCAGUUAAUUUAAUUUUGAAGUGUCCAUGAGCCUUGUUAACGAUGCACUUGCGAAAUCACAAAGAAGGAAAAAAGAAAAAAAAAUCACAGCAUAUCCACGGGGUGAAUGAUGAUGAGUGGGCGAAGCUCCGGAGGGAAUCAUCGGAUCUCCCGCUUAAGGGGACGCUAGCACAAACGCGUUAGAAACGUGCAGUACUCUCUAGUAAGGGGGAGCGGCCACAGCGUCUUACGCAGCCAUUUACACAUGCCGGAACGUGCACCGCGUUUGCCGACGCCAUCACAUGACUGCUGAGAGAGUAUACCCCCCGUAUUCAUAAACGCUCCUCGACUUGAACUUGACUUGCCACCGCUUUGGGCAGCGCGUUCGAAACGCGUUGAAGGUAAGGCGGAGAGGCCACAGCGUCUUACACCAGCUUCUUACACGGGCCGUAACGCGCUAGCACAAACGCGUUAGAAACGCGCUAGAAACGCGGCCUUUCGUUAAUGUUGGGUAUUUAUUGCCAUCGUGGUGCGUGUGUCCAUGUCCGCUUCGUGGCGUAGUGGGCUAACGCCGCGCGCUCGGAAGCGAGGGGUCCCUGGUUCGAUUCCGCGCUACGGACACAACUUCGGAAUUUUUUUUCUCAUUUUUCUCAGACUGGUUACACACUACUACUACGACGACGGGGACGAACGGGUGCCGCUAUAAGGAGCUUCGCCCCUAAAAAGAGAAAACGAAGCACAAAACAUGAACAAGCAGCAGUACAUGAUAGCUUUAAGAAAAAGAUAAAAAAGUUUAAUUAAAAAAAAUUAGUAGGAGGGUAUACAUGAAGUUUAAAAUGUCAAGAGCAUCAUGCAAGGCAUUUUGUUGGGCUAAAAUGUGCAUUAUAGCAUUGGAGGUACAAGUUGAUUUCACGUAGAAAGCAUUCGGAUUACGCUGUGAAGUGCCGUAACCUAAUAAUCUACUAUCGCAAAAUUACCAACAAUAGAGUUCUCAAUGAAUAAUUUAUUAGUCUAAACUUAUUUGGUGCCACUUUAUUACAGUGAUGUUGCAGGUGAUGCCUCUUAGAUAAAGGCAUUUGUUUCAGCUGUAUUUGCAUCAUGCAGCAGUUCAAAACUUAGCAGACACAAUUGGCGGUAUGUGAUCUGCGCGCCAUGCUUGUCUGUUGGCGAUGCCCAAGCUUGGUUUCAGCUCGGGGCCGACUCCGAUUUCUUUAUUCAAAUAUAUGUGCAUCAUGCAGAAGUGCUUUUAUGCGACAACCACCGGACUGAUGUGAAUGGGUCGUUGCAUUUGAGGAAGAAAGUUAAGCUGUAGUGACUAGGAAGCAGAAUGUUCGAUAUCAAAUCCAAUCAGUUUAUUCGGACAUGAACAUGUCUACACAUGCAUAUAAUUGUGCAUACAAGCACGAAGUUUACAAAUCCGUAACUCUGCAAAAAAAAAACCAUCACAAUUCUAUUAACUAUAUCUGUUAGAGCAUUUCAACAGACGAAUGUUAUAUAAUCAUCUUUAGCUUACAUGAAAUUGCUGAAAUGUUUAGGAGGGUUUUGCAAAAUGCCCUACUAAAAAAUUAGCGGUGUAUUCAGAGCAGGUGUAUAAAACAGUUUGUCUGCUUUAGAUGUAUUGUUGGGUGCAUAUUACAAAAUUUUGAUUAAUUUCUUUUAUUGCCUAGUUACAGAGUUGUAAACUUCAUACUUUGAGCGUCCUGAAAUUUUGCAGUCUAACAAUUUUUUAUUAAAAAAUUGCGGAGAUAAAAAAAAAUAUGCGUCCUACAGUCUCUAGAUUCUAACUUUUUUUUUUUUAAGGCAACCAGACCAGGUGCCAGUCCCGUGGCCGCAAGACGCAAUUAGGUGCAUUUGUGCCAUAAAACCUUAACUAACUAACUAAAUCUCAUCAAAAUCAGUGCCAUGGUUGCCCAGAAAAACUAUUUCUCCGUUUCGUGUACUUAGAUAGGAGCCCUCGAGCUGAAGCUUCCUAAGAUUUGUAAAAACUCUCUGCUUUCCCCUAGCACUUCACUGUGCAGCCUGCAUAAAGAGAAGUUCUAUAAAUGUGGCCCAUCGCCCAGCGCGAGUUUGACAUUGUUGUUCUAAAGUUCCUGUGUUGUGCUGGCUUCUAGUUAGUGUUCUAUUGCAUUCUAGCUGUGCCGUGCUAGCACCUGAGCACAUUCAGUUAGUCCUUGCUUUGCCAAGGACAAGCUGAGCUUCUCGUCAAAGGUUAUACCACUAUUGCCAAGUGAGAGUCUGAUUCAUCCUAAGAGCUAAAUUGUACACUUAUGUUUAGUGUUGUAUGCGCAAGUUUAAGUGUACCACACAGAGGCAAACCUUUAAAGCUAAUGAAGCCAACUGGUUGAGCAUUCAUAAAAACACUUGUAGCACUCAGUUUUAGCUGCAGCAGACACACCUCUUGGGCAAAUUUCUUGUUUAAAUAUGUUAUCCUUGCAGUGGAAUCCUCUAGAGAUACUGCAGUUGGCCAGACCUAAUUGCGGUUCUUCAAAAUAUUUCAGAGCCUUCCUAUGAUGUUAGUCUCCAAACUUUAUGGCUUUUUCAUCACACGCAACCUCAUUGGACCAACGAAAGUAAUUUCUAUGUUUUGAUUGUUCUUGCAGCAAGUGCUCAGCAAAGAAGGGGUUAGACCAAGUGUUUCAGUAGUUAAUUUAGUUCUGUCCAGCAUUUUUUCUGUAAAUCAGAUGCAAAGUUUCUGCGCUUUGUAAAAGCAUUCCCUCACAUCUUCCAUUCGGAGUGUAGAAUGCAGAAAAGCAUGUUGGCGUAGUGCCAUUUUUCUGUUAACUGCUGCUGGGAAAAUGUGAAUUGGAGGCGUGUAACUUCCUGUGACAAAGUCGUUGCUAAUUAAAAAUUUAGCACACUUUAUCUCAUGAACUAGAAGAGCAUAAAUUGUGCCAAGCGUAAUAUUCCGUUUGAAUCACAGCGUAAUAGUACAAAUUAGUCCGGUGCCUACUGUUCUUGCGUUUAACUUGCAAACCAAGCUUUGGCACUAAUGAGGCUGCAAAAGCGUUUGCCGAGAAGCGCCAGCAGUAAAAUUUAUUUUUAUUCCUGCAUCACAACUUUUGUGCAUCAUAAGCGGGAGUAUAGUGUUGUCUUACAUAAAUUAUAAAUUCAUUUUGUUAACAAUUUUUUCCAUGACUAGAUGUUUUGCAUACCAAAGCUGCAAAAUGAAAUGUGCUCUUCAGUUAAAUUCAGACAGUCGAGUUUUUGGAAAUCAUGUGUUCUUUGUGUGUGAAUGUGCAUGUAUGGUUGAAAAAAAACCAAUGAUACAUUUAAUUAUUUUAAUGCAACCGUAUGUUAUCCUAGUGGUGUCAAAGUGUACAGAAUUGCCAGUGAUGUACUAGUGCUUGUACUUUGCAGCAUCAUUAUCAACGGUGGUCAACAUAAAUGUUUAUGUUCACAGUAAGCACUGUUUCACAUCAAGAAUGCAUACAAAUAAAGGUUUUAGAGAAAGGCA